AUGACACGAAGUGAAAUAGGGGUGGCGGAUGCUUAUAUAGAAGGAGAUGUCGAUUUUGCUGACAAAGACCAAGGUCUACUAGCGUUUCUCGUGCUCCUAAUUGCUAACAGAGACCAUAAUAAAUGGCUUUCCAAAUCCAACAGCACAAGGGGGUGGUGGACACCUCUGGUACUUACAAGUGCUGCCUCGUCAGCAAACUUCUUCUUGCAUCAUGUCAUGAGAAACAAUUCCCUAACACAAGCUCGCAGGAACAUUUCUCGUCAUUACGACUUGAGCAACGAAUUUUUCGCCUUGUUCUUGGACGAGACAAUGACUUACUCGACCGGGAUAUUUAAGGGAGAGGACGAGGACUUGAAGGGAGCUCAACUAAGGAAAAUCUCGUCCCUUAUUGAAAAGGGGAGAAUUGGGGAAAAGCAACAAGUGCUUGAAAUAGGUUGCGGUUGGGGAAGCUUUGCUAUCGAAGUAGUGAAACAGACUGGGUGCAAUUACACUGGGAUCACUUUGUCACAAAAGCAACUCCAAUAUGCACAGGCUAAGGUCAACGAAGCUGGUCUCCAGGAUGCAAUUCAAUUGCUACUGUGUGACUAUCGCGAGUUGCCCAAAACAAAGAAAUAUGACAGAAUUGUGUCGUGCGAAAUGAUAGAACAUGUUGGGCAUGAAUACAUGGAUGAGUUCUUCGCUUCAUGCGAAUCAGUCUUGGCAAAAGACGGAUUAUUUAUUCUCCAGUUUAUAUCCGUAGCUGACGAACGGUAUGAUGAAUACCGUCAAAGUUCGGAUUUCAUCAAAGAGUACAUUUUCCCUGGCGCUUGCGUGCCCUCAUUUAGCAGAGUUGUAGCCGCCAUGAAUGCUUCUUCGGCUCUAUGCGUGGAGCAUGCAGAAAAUAUUGGAAGUCAUUACUACUACACUUUAAGACUCUGGAGGAAAAAUCUUCUGAAAAACAAGAGCAAAAUAAUGGAGAUGGGGUUCGACGAGAAGUUCGUAAGGACGUGGGAAUAUUAUUUUGACUACUGUGCUGCGGGCUUUAAAACCUAUACGCUUGGAGACUAUCAGGUUGUGUUCUCUAGACCAGGAAAUCUGAUGGCUUUAGGAGAUCCAUACAAGCGUUUCCCAUCAGCUUAUUAUUGA